UUUGGGCACGCAAACUCUCCACUCGUCAGCGUCUUUACAGGAGAUAAUGCCCUGCAACAACAAUUAAGAAAGCCACUGACACUGUCUCUCUUCUUUUUUCGGUCUCAAUCUCAAUCUCUGUGCUGUAUUCGUUUUCUCGAGACCCAGUGAUAGCCUUCGUGAAGUUGUGUAUUGAUGGAGAAUCAACGAAAUAAAGCUUGCCCUUAUUGAGUUCAAAGAAGCAAAGGUAAAGAGAAUCGAAAGCGAAGAUGCGGAGAGAGAUCUCGCUUUUGGUUCAGCCACGAAGUCUUCUCGUUUUGUUACUCAUCUUUAUUUUCCUCGUUUACGCUUUCACGAUCCAUAACAAACCGGAGGAGGAGAAGGUGGAAGAGUUGUAUGAAAUUACGCAUAGAGUAUACUUGGAUGUUGAUAUUGAUGAACAACGAUUAGGUAGAAUUGUUAUUGGAUUGUAUGGCCAGGUUGUUCCAAAAACUGUUGGUAUGUAUUCAGUCUGCUGUGUUAAUACUUUCAUAUCACGGUUUUGGAAGCUUAAUUUGUCUAAACCAGGAGAAUGCUCAAUUUGCCUAAUUUGUGGUUCAGUANUGCUUGCUUCGUAA